UAGAAUGCUCAAAAUUAGCAUGGAGAACUUCGUGGAAGAGAUUUAUAGUUAAUACGUAAAUAUAUUGCAUAAAUUGCAAUGUAUAUAUAGUGAUCAUAAAGAAUCUUUACAUAGCUCAAUGUAACAUGACAUAAUUGUUAGUCAAUUGCUAGUGCAAGUGUCAUACGGUUGAGAAGAAUCAUGUUAUGCAAUGACAAAUGACACAUGUGCUAAUAUACAUUCUAGUGACUGAAUUAUUAGAAUAAAUAGAAAACAAUGUCAGUACCUUGUUGCUCAACGAGUAAAGAGCCGGAUAAUGCAUAUGCUGUGGAAGAGGUGACAUAUGCAAAAUGGGAACGUUUCAGCAAUUGGGUGCAUUGUAUAUGCAUUGUUACUUUUGAUCUUGAACUGGGCCAAGCUAUUGAGGCGAUUUAUCCUAAUCACGUUAAGUUAUCUGAGCAAGAGAGAUCCAAUGUCUGUUACUUAGCCUUUCCUGAUUCCAAUUCUGGAUGUAUGGGAGAUACGCAGUAUCACGUACGGAUAAGACAGAGUGGUAUAAUGGUGCAGCAAACUAGUGCUCUGAAGGAGUACGAUAGGAAAUCACCUUCUUUUCUACAAACUGAUAGAGAUUAUUACUGGGGAUACGUAUAUUUUCGACAGGUGAAGGAUAAGUCUUUGCCAAGAGGAUAUUUUCAAAAGAGUGUUGUAAUUAUUACGAAACUGCCAUUUGUUAAUUUGUUCUGCGAAUUAUGUGCUUUAAUCGCGCCGGAAUUCUUCGAGACCGGAACGGCGCUUAUGGAAGCUGUGGUGCGUGAGAUUGAUCAGUGGCCUGCUCCCAUUCCAGGCCAGAUAGUUCACUUACCUCUUAUCGGUGUACUGUUUCAGACAUAUAUCCCAAAUCAAAAUUACAAAGCCAUUAUUCCAUCGAUUGCUGCCAUGGAACAUGCACCAAACGUGCACACAACGCGAAGACUGAUGUUGACGUCAGCCCAUGAGGGCGACAUGUUCCGAAGUUUAGCGAGUGUUGUUAGUUAUGUACAUUUAUUGUGGGAGCUGGUUCUUCUUAGCGAGCCAAUUGUUGUGAUGGCUGGCUCGCCGACUACUUGUUCCGAGAUGGUCCAAGCGCUUAUAGCAAUGAUUGCGCCGUUGAAGUACUGUUCCGAUCAUCGCCCGUACUUCACUAUCCACGAUUCGGAAUUCAAAGAGUACACCGCGGACUCUCCAGCGCCGCCCGCUGAUCUAGGUGUGACGAAUCCUUUCUUUGCCAAAACCCUGCAACACUGGCCGCAUAUCAUCAGAAUAAGUAACGGCAGCAACAGCGAAGACCAGAAAUACAAAAUCAAGAAGUCUGAGAAUCUCAAGGUGCUGGACUCCAAACCUGGCGUUUACACACAGUACAAGCCUUUCCUGCAAAAAGAUAAAACCAUCUUGAAGAAAUUGUUCAGAGGCAUUCAGACAAAACGGCCGGGCGAAGUGCAGACUGCGCUCUUGAAACGUCAUCUAAUAGAGUUAACAGAAAGCUUCAUGAUCCCGCUCGAGAGAUACAUCGCAACUCUUAUGCCACUACAAAAGAACAUAUCACCCUUCAAGGCAACUCCUACACCACAAAUGUUCAAUCCAGAUGACUUCCUAGCUAGUUUAAGUAGUGCCGGUCCCCAAUUAACUACAGGUACAAAAGGAGAUUGGGUGGGAUUGUACAAGCGAUUCUUCAGGUCGCCUAAUUUCUCAGGAUGGUUCCACACGAGAUACAUGGAGCUGAGUCAGCAGUUGCAAGUUAAACAGUUGGAAAAAUUAUCGCAGGCCGAUUUGAAAACGUGGGUGCAGGGAAAGCAAGAGGUAGAAGUGGUCGAUAUGAUACUUAGGAUUCGCCAAAAGCUGGAGAAAAGCUGCAUCGAUGACUUACCAAUCGAUAACUCAAUAAGGGAGAGAUUACGGGAGAGAAUAAACGAUAUUACGCAUGAAUUGCCGGACGAUUUGAAAGUUAUUUUAAGACGCGAAUCUUGACAGUACGAUUAUAUGAUUAAUAUCAAAACUCGCUAACAUUUAUAUUUAGUUUUAAGCUAAGGAUUAUAUUUAAGUCAAUUCAGCGACGUAACACAUAAGUUAAUUCAAAAGCCCCAAGCCCCUUCCUAUUUAUUACAACGCAAAUGAACAAGAAAGGUGGUAAGUUUAUAUACGAAUGAUAUAGUUUGAAGAUUUAUAUGAUGAAUUAUAUUGUGCUAAAAAGAGGAUGCUGUUACAUACGUAUUUCAAUCCGCAAUUUAAAAUAUUUGGAUUGAUGUAUUAAAAUCUCUUGUAUACGUAAUAGAAUUAAUUGCGCAGACAUUCUGGAUAUUUAAGAGUAUCACUUAAACACAACAACGCUUUGUAUCUUGGAACAAUAUUUCGUAAAUCUACGUGAUCUUACAUA